AUGAGUAAGACCACGAAGACCGAAGCGUUCGAGGCGCUUACUUCUAUUUUACCUUCAAGAAGUGCCGAUGAAAACUACUGGUGGGAUCUCACGGGUCCACAGCUGGCUGCAUUGGUCGAAGGUGCCGGUUAUGCGCCAGCAAAGCAAUAUGAAGCUUUGUUGUUUCACUAUCACUGGAUGGUCCCCUACAUGGGUCCCGCCCCAUGGGCGCCAAGUAUCGAUCUAAAAUGGAAGUCUCUCCUCCAACCAGACGGCACUCCGAUCGAAUAUUCCUGGAAAUGGAACACAACCACGAGCGAGCCAGACAUUCGCUACGACAUCGAACCUAUUAACAACUUUUCGGGAACGCAGCAUGAUCCUCUCAAUCAGUCCGCAAGCAGGGAAAUGCUCCACCGCCUCGAUGUAAAAAUGCCGAGCGUCGAUCUGCAAUGGGCUAACCACUACUUCAACACUUUGUACGAUCAUGACAACGCUAAGUACAACGAAGAGCAUAAGUCGGGCAAGAAGGCAUUCGGCACCAUCGUCAUUGCAGCAGAGUUUCUGCCAAAAGGUCUCCGCUUCAAGACAUAUUACCUCCCACGUAAACUUGGUCAAGGUGCCACUCCAAACCUGAGUGUCUUCACAUCAUCUGCACGCCUGAUCGAUCCAGACAGCAGAGCAAUAUCUGCUCUUGAAGAAUUCCUCUCCACCAGCGAAGAAGGGAAACUUCUUAAGCCAUUCAGUGUGGCCAUCGAUAAUGUUGUUCCAGAGAAGUCACGUCUGAAGUGGUAUUUCAACUCUCCACAUACCAACUUCAAGGCUCUAAACGAGGUCAUGACCUUAGGUGGCCGUAUCAAACGUCCCAAACUCGAAGGCCAACUCACAGCAUUGCAAGACUUAUUGAGGGGAGUGUUGUCGCUGCCAGAUGACUAUCCUGAGGACCAGGAACUUCCAAAUGCAGGACAAAACAACCGUGUCGCAGCCGGAGAGGACGUCAAUGACACCGCUCCUCCUCUGCUACCCGGUUUCGUGUACUACUUCGAUGUCGCGCCAGGCUACCAACUACCGGAGGUCAAGUUGGCGUUGCCACUAAUUACUUUCGCCCAGAAUGAUGCGAGUGUGGCGAAGAACACUGUCGCGUGGAUGGAGGCACGUGGUCGAGGAGCCUAUGCAAAGAGCUUCAUGACAAUGCUGGAAAAACUGGCCAAGGGGAAAGAUCUGGCUAAAGGGAAGGGUCUGCAGAGUUUCAUUAGUGUCUUGUUGAAGGAGGACGGAGAUCUCGAUGUCACGACUUACUUCGCACCACAAGCGCUUGCUCUUGUGGAAGAGGAGACGAACGGUGGGCACUAG